AAUGGUGCAGCUGCGCGUGUUAUAACGGUCACAUUUUACACUGAAGGAAGAAAGAAGAGGGAAGUCACACACCGGUAGAUCUGAAAGUAUUUCCCGCGAGAUAGACGGUUAGAAAAACUACAAGAAAACACCACAUUUUGUUUUUUAAAGCUGUAACAGAAAACCUAGCUACAUUCCAGCUAUAUUUCCAGAUAUGUUUGUGCUUCAGUAUAACUGUUAGCGGUGACCCGUCUGCUGUUUAGCAUCUUGAGUGUUUGUUAACACACACUCAGGUUAGUGGUUAGUACCAUGGACAGAGAGUGUGUGUCGCUGCUGCCCCGGGUCUGUGAGGUGCUGGUGGACUCAGGGAGGUCUCUGCCCGAUGACACCAGCCUGGAGAAACUGUUGGACUGGUUCACAGGGCUCACCAAGACCGGGGGAUCUCUGCUGGAGACUUUCCCAUGUCUGCCUGAGUUCAUAUCCACUGUGGUUAACAAAACAUCAUCCGACCCUGGUGUUAUCUCCUUCACUCUCAAACUCUCUGGGUUAAUAGCUGCGACUGAGGAUGGCUUCAGAAUGCUUCAGGAGCGCUCCAUUCUGGACCUCGCCUUUAACCAUCAGCACUGGCAUGAAGCAGGGCUCUGGGAGGAUCCUUGCAUACGGAUCAGCUGGAUCCAGGGCCUAAGGAGCAUGCUGCAGCACUCAAAGGCUCUCAGUUUCUUUGUACAAGCUGAUUUCACCCUGCCACUCCUACAACUCCAGACAGACGCAAGCCUAUUUGUUGUCUCAGCUGCCAAUCAAAUGCUCGCCCACAUCCUGCUCUUCUUUCAGCCAACAUCGCCUGCAGGAUUUAACGGCGUAGAUAAGAAACACGGUGAUGGCAAGACAACACGAGCCUCCAUUGCAGACAUAGAGCACUCAGGCAUCCCUAUGGAAACCAGCCAAGAUUACACUACUGUUGUUACAGCAAUCUUGGAGUACCUCAAGGAGUCACUGGUUCCCAAAGAAAACACAGGGCUCCAUCAGAGUCUGCAGAUCCUCAAACUCCUCGCUCUGCUCCUAGCCCAGGCCAGGCCUUCGCUCCGGGAUAAGCUGCUCCAGACAGUUGCAGGCUCUCUGGAGGAACUGGCGACAGCAGGCUACAGUCAGCUCACGCUGCCUCUGAUGGACAUUAUUCUGGCUGCACACAGCAGCUCCAGCACUGAUGGAUGUGUCCCAGACCAACGUGUCACUCAUCUUCUGUCCUCCAUGUUGAAAAUGGACAAACCCUCUGACCUCAUUCAUGCUGCAGCUGCUUUUCUCCGCAGAGGCAAUCAGGACACUGUACACUCAGCCCAGGCUGUGAGAAUACUGCUCCUACCCCUCCAUAUUAUAACCGGUCAGACUCUACUGGGCACAAACACAGCAGUAGAAGAGCAUCAGUUUUCAGUGGUAGAACAGCUGAAGACUAAAACCCCCUGCAUCUCUAUGAUUUGUGUCUGUCUGACAAACACGCCACAGAUCACACUCACGCCUCCUGAUGUACUCCCCUGUCCUCCAGUUUUAAUUGUCACAGCAGUUCUGUCACUGUUAAGAAUCUGCAGCGGAGACUCUUCCUCCUUGUCCACUGGCUGUGCUGAAGUUUUCAGGAAUGUAAUUGGCAGUGGCAAAGUUCAGAAAUGUGCUCUAGAGGCUCUGAUGGGUCUCAGCAGCAGCCCAGGAGUGAAAGACAAGCUGACUGAAGUGUUCACAGUUCUGAUACAAUAUCUGAACAAUCCUGACUUGGACCCCACUGUACUACACAAGUCCUACCAGGCUUUAGUGAAGUGGAUGAGUGUGUGUAAAGACCUCUCCCUUAUAACACACCAGCUCAGACAAGAUCUCAGCGAGGUGGUGAAGAAACGUGUGUGUGACAUGCGUUGGGAGGUGAGAGACUCAACGGUGGAAUUUGUGGGAAAACUGGCAAGUGUUGUGAGUUCAGCUGAGGAGCCCUGCGAUGCGCCUGAGGCUUUCUUGGGCGGCUGCUGUAGCACUCCUCUCCUCAGGGAGGCGCUGCAGGAUCCAGAGAGUUAUGUGAGAGCUAGUGCCAUCUCUGCACUGGCACAGACACUGGCACACAGCUGGCAGCAGGGGGCAGCACUCACACAGGAGCAGACUGACAUAGUGAGCCGACUGCUUGAAAUUCUCUCCCAGGACACAGAGGGAUUCGCCAGGAGGGCAGUUGUGCAAUAUUUCAUCACCUGGUUUUCUUCACACUCCUCACACACAUCUCCCUCAUCAUCUCCCUCCUCCUCCUCCUCUCUCCUGAUGAACUCUGUGAGCUCCGUCCUCUCUCUAGGCAGCGUUGACCUGGACUGGGAGGUCAAAGUUCACACUCUCGAGCUGGCUGAGCUGCUGCUAGAUGAAGCCUUUUCAGGUCACCGGGGUUACAGGAAGGGCUCGAACAACCAUCAUGCCCCGCUACACCCAUACGCUGUGGUUUCUGGUCAGACUUACCCGCUUCACACACACGCCGGGACACGCACAGAGGGUGUGGAGACAGAUUUGGCUGGUGUGCUGCACAAUCUGGUGGAGCAGGGAGUCGUCUCAGCUUUGUUGAGUGGUCUGGUUGACUGUGAUAGACCUGUGGGUCUGAAGGCCUGUCAGCUGCUGAUUACACUCAGAGAAACAGUCUGUCCUCCGUUGCUGGAUGCAACUGCUGCUGUGACAACAGUCGCUGAGGUGCCCUGCAAACUGCCUGGAUGGGGUUGGGGGCAGGAGAUUAGAAAAAUACUGGUGUUGAAGAAGUGUGAUCAGGCUAAAGAGGCAGAUGUUGCUGCUCAGAGACGUUUCAAUGGAGCAGAUUCUGGAGACUGCGGUGAGGUGGAGAAGGAAGGCGUGAGCGAGGAAGGCGAUGUUGUGUGUGUUGGUGUGUGUGAGGUGCUGCAGUCUCUGGGUUUAGACGUGAGGCUGAACAUACUGACUCAAAGCAGCGACCAUGUCCAAAACUCUCCCCUCUCUCUGCUGCAGGACAUACUGACUGCGAGUGCUGCACACACUCGACCAGAUGCACAACCAGGGCAAGAAGUCAUAGUGGACUGUUAUUGACACACACACAUAAUAUCUUAACUCACACAUGCUACAUUUGCCUUAACAAUGCUGUGAUAUGUUGGUUACCUGAGUCAAAAAUGAAUUGCUCUGAUUUUACUGAUUGUGAAUAUAAGCAAUAUGGCUAUUUUUGACUUUACAAAAUGUUGUGAUGGACAAUAUAUUCACCCUUAAGCCAUCUUAUAAAAGUCUCAACAGUUUUGAGAAUUUUUUAACAUUUAAUAUUAGAAUUUCAUUAAAUAUCAAGCAGGAA